UGAGGGGAGAUGGCACUGCAAAGUGUGUGUGUGGCAUCGGCGUGCGUGUUGUCAUGUGCCAUUGAACCUGGACAUGUUUUUUUAGUGGACCGGAGCGACUUCCGGCCCAAUCAAUUUGCUCUCUUCAUGGGCCGGAAAGCCCAGAACAAAUCGCCUAACCAAAAACCCUCACCUAAACCUCCACCACCACAAGCCGCUCUCCCAACCGGCGGCGACUCCGGCGACCCCCGCGCCGCCGGCGACCGCGACCAUGCGCCACCAGGUAGGCCUUCUCUCCCGCCUCCUCCUCCGGCGCCACGUACACCGCCGCUCCAAGCCGGCCACCGCGCCACCCCCGCCCCCGCCCCCGACCCCGCCGCGGCCGCCGCAGAAGCCCGAGCCGGUCUCCAUCCACGGGGAGACGUGGCACGACAGCUACGCGUGGAUGGGCGCCCUCUCCGACGCCGCCGCCAUGCGCCACAUGGACGUGCACAUGGAGGCCGAGGAGAAGUACGCCGAGGCCUGCCUCGCCGCGGCGGGCGCCGACCGCCUCGCGCGGAAGCUCCAGCUCGAGAUGGCCUCCCGCCUCGCCUCCGACGCCUGCACGCCGCCCGUCCGCUGGGGACCCUGGCUGUACUACCGCCGCGCGGACGAGGGCAAGCAGUACCCUGUGCUCUGCCGCCGCUCCGCGGCGCUACACAGCGAGUUCAUCUCGUAUAGCGACCCCUCUGCCGGAUUCGACUUCACCGCCGGGAAGCGCAUCGAGCAGAAAUUGGUGGAUUACAACAAGGAGGCCGAGCGGUUCGGAGGAUACUCAUACGAGGAACUGUCUGAAGUGUCCCCAGAUCACCGGUUCAUUGCAUACACUAUGUAUGAUAAAGAUAAGGAUUCCUUCACUUUAAUGGUCAGGGACCUAGUGACAGGAACUCUUUGUGAUAAACCUCGUGCUGACCGGGUCUCAAACAUAUCCUGGGCUAUGGAUGGGAAAGCACUGGUUUACAUUGUUACAAAUGAGGAUAGGAGGCCAUAUCGGCUGUUUUGCAGCAUUAUUGGAUCCAGCAAGGAUGAUGUUCUCAUGUUGGAAGAACCUGAUGAGAAUAUUUAUUUAAAUAUCAGACAUACCAAGGAUUUUCGGUUCAUAACGUUAAAUGUUUUUUCAGACACUCACUCAAAGGUAUAUUUGAUAAAUGCUUCUGAUCCCCUGUCCAGAAUGAGAUUGGUUUGGGAAGGUGAAUCCCAAGUUCAUUGUAUUGUUGAACACCAUCAUGGACGCCUAUAUUUAUUUACUGAUGCUUCAAGAGAAGGCACCCCUGUUGAUUCUCAUUAUCUAAUGCUGUCUGAUGUGGAAUCUCCUGGGCCGAAGAGCUGGAAGGAUGUUUUUCUUGAAGAACCAGGCGUUAUUCUUGAAGAUGUUGACUUCUGUGAUACUCACAUGGUGCUUGUUCUGAGACAAGGCAGAAAGCUGAAGCUCUGUUCAGUAAAGUUACCUUUCCCUGAACACAUCAGAGUACCUGCUCGUCUGUCAGAUUUCCAUCCAUUUGACUUGUCUCUUCCAAAUCAUGUGUGUCAGAUUUUACCUGGCCCAAAUUACGAUUAUCGUUCCUCAACAAUGCGUUUCACAAUAUCAUCACCUGUGAUGCCUGAUGCAGUUGUUGACUACAACUUACCGAAUGGUAAGUGGCGAAUAGUGCAACAGCAAAACAUGCUUCAUGAAAGAACGAAAGCACUAUAUGGGAAUGCUUUUGCUGCUAGUAUGGUUAAGCCAUCUUCAAAAGGAGGUGAUUUGUCAAGUGAGGACUUUGGAGAUUGUGAUUGGAAUGAACUCUCUGAAUACUAUGCUUGUGAGUACUAUGAUGUUCCAUCAAAGGAUGGAGUUUUGGUUCCACUUACAUUAGUAUAUUCGCAAAAGCACAAGCAAGAGGGAAAUCCAGGGUUACUUCAUGGACAUGGUGCUUAUGGUGAGAUUCUGGAUAAGCGCUGGCGCAGUGAGUUAAAGAGCCUACUUGAUCGUGGCUGGGUGAUUGCAUUUGCUGAUGUCAGGGGUGGUGGAGGUUAUGGGAAGAAGUGGCACCAAGAUGGUGCACGUACAAAAAAGAUGAAUUCUAUAUAUGAUUUUAUCUCUUGUGGUGAGUUUCUUCUUGAGAAGGGUAUCAUAAAAGAAAAUAAACUUGCUGGAUGGGGAUAUAGUGCUGGAGGACUUCUGGUGGCUUCAGCAAUUAAUACUCGGCCCGAUUUGUUUCGUGCUGUCGUUUUGAAGGUCCCUUUCUUGGAUGUUUGCAAUACUCUUCUCCACCCUAUUCUACCUCUUACAGCUAUUGAUUACGAAGAGUUUGGAUUUCCUGUGGACCAUGAAGAGUUCCUUUCAAUCAGGAAGUAUUCUCCUUAUGAUAACAUCCAGAAGGAUGUUCCUUACCCAGCAGUGUUUGUGACAUCAUCAUUUAAUACAAGGUUUGGUGUAUGGGAAGCAGCUAAAUGGGUCGCAAAAGUCCGAGAAGUUACUCGCUAUGAUCCAGAGCGGCCUGUAAUUCUCAACUUGACAACAGAUGUUGUAGAAGAGAGCAAGUAUUUGCAAACCAAGGAAUUAGCAUUGGAGACUGCUUUCCUAAUUAAAAUGAUUCAUGAUACAUGAACAUCUUGUUUAUCUCUUUGAAUUUAAACUCAUUGCCCAAAGAUGGGGAGCACAUGUUACAAUGUCAGGCCUCUCUUUUCAGCAAUAGUCUGGAAUCAACUGAUUGGAGAUUAUCUGAGGUACCACACUUCUAUUUCGUACUUUUUUUUUUCUCAGAAUGUCCUGGGGGAAAAUCAUAUGUGCAUAUCCCUACAGUUUAUGAGAUAGUUGCACGCUCACAAUUCAUCAGUCUCAGUUAUAUGGUCUGAUGAUUUGGAAGCCAAAAUUCCUGUCUACUGGAGAUCGUCUGACUCUGAUCAAGUCUGUCCUGUUUGCCUUGCCGGUGCACUACCUCUCGGUGCUUGAGCUGCCACAGUGUUCGAUCAAAGAGAUUAAUAGAAAGUGUCGGGGGUUCCUGUGGAAGGGGCAGGAGGAGGUGAGUGGCGGACAUUGUUUGGUGGCUUGGAAAGCGGUUUGUAUGCCGUUUGAAAAGGGAGGGUUGGGUAUAAAAAGCCUGGACUUCUUUGGCAAAGCGCUUCGGCUCAAGUGAUUGGCUAAGAAGGGUGAGCAGCAAGACCGGCCUUGGACAACAGUUGCGACUGUGGAGCCGAAAGAUCUGAGAGACCUCUACUACUCAGCAUCACGGCAAGAGGUAGGAGAUGGAAAAAACACGAAGUUUCGGCUUGCGGACUGGUUGCCAAUGGGAAGCAUAAAAUCGAGGUUCCAGUUGAUUUUCAGCCAUGUGGAACGCACCGGCUUGACAGUGGCUCAGGGGUUGAGGAACCACAGGUGGGUGUGUGACAUCAAAGGUGCGCCAUCUAAUCGAGCCAUCGGGGAGUAUUUUCAGAUUUGGGAUGCAGUCCAGGAGGUGCAGGUGCAAGGGGGAGAGGAGGAUGUGACUGUUUGGAAGAGGGCUGCAAAUGGGAAGUUCACCCCUGCUUCGGCUUACGAACUGUUCUUCAUGGCAAAUACAGAAGCGAGAUGUGGCAGUCUGAUUUGGCACACUAGAGAACCUUCCAAAGUGAAAUUUUUUAUGUGGUUGGCCGAGAGGGAGGUGUCUCACGGCCGACAAUCUCACCAAGCGAGGAUGGCCACACCAACAAUCCUGCCCCCUCUGCAUGAGCAAUGACGAAGAUUGCGAGCACCUCUUUGUCUCCUGUCCUUACACUUCAAAUGUCUGGAGAAAGAUCAAGGGUUGGAUCGGUGCCGGGUUCCAGCUGCCGGCAGAGCUCGGAUUGGACCUUGGAGAUUGGUGGUUGGAGUGGUGGCAGGUCUUUCAAACCAGCCAGAGGAGCGCAUUUGACACUUUAGUGCUGCUGGUCUGUUGGAUGAUUUGGAAGGAAAGAAACGCUCAGAGCCGAACAGCGGGGUUCCUGUUUGGCGCAAUUAAAGAUGAAGCGGCAAUCUAGAAAGAAGCUGGGGUUUUCAAUGUUUUAGGAGAGUAACAACCUUCUGUAACUUGUUUUUCUUUUAGGAAGUUGCUGCGAUGGCAACAUCCUUUCACUUCGACAGCCUCUUGUCGAAGUCUGAAACUUGUAUAUGUGUAAAUACCCCUUUUCUUAAGUAAAUUUGGUCCGCCUAUCUUAGGCCGGCCUGGCUAAAA